AUGUCUUCGUUUCGUGCUGCUGGACUAGUUGCACGGCAGUUGUCUAAUAGAAAUCCAUGUGUAUUUAAACAACUUGGAUGCCGAUGGCUAUCCACUUCAUCUACCUUAAAAGCUGGAGCCCCAGAAUUCUCCAGUAUUUUAGAGGAACGCAUUUUAGGACAAACAUUACAAACAAACUUGGAGGAAACUGGACGUGUCCUGAGUAUCGGUGAUGGGAUCGCACGUGUCUAUGGUCUGAAAAAUAUACAAGCGGAAGAGAUGGUGGAAUUCUCGUCUGGAUUAAAGGGUAUGGCUCUAAAUUUGGAGCCUGACAAUGUUGGUGUGGUCGUUUUCGGGAAUGACAAGCUAAUCCGUGAAGGAGAUAUUGUUAAGCGGGCAGGGGCCAUUGUUGACGUGCCUGUCGGAGUAGAGCUACUUGGUCGGGUAGUUGAUGCCUUAGGUAAUCCAAUCGAUGGAGCAGGUGCUAUCAAUACGAAAACAAGACAGCGUGUUGGAGUUAAAGCUCCAGGUAUCAUACCACGUAUUUCUGUUCGUGAACCGAUGCAAACUGGAAUUAAGGCUGUUGAUAGUCUCGUUCCCAUUGGCCGUGGUCAGCGUGAACUAAUCAUCGGAGACCGUCAGACAGGUAAAACGGCUAUUGCAGUCGAUACUAUUAUUAAUCAAAAGCGUUUCAACGACGCAGCUGAUGAAAAGAAGAAGUUGUACUGUAUCUAUGUUGCCAUCGGACAAAAACGUUCAACAGUUGCGCAACUAGUCAAACGUUUGACGGAUGCAGAUGCUAUAAAAUACACAAUCAUUGUGUCCGCAACAGCAUCUGAUGCAGCUCCGCUUCAGUACUUGGCUCCAUACGCAGGGUGUGCGAUGGGAGAAUAUUUUCGUGAUAAUGGAAAGCAUGCAUUAAUAAUUUAUGACGAUCUAUCUAAACAGGCUGUUGCUUAUCGACAAAUGUCACUUCUGUUACGAAGACCUCCGGGGAGAGAAGCUUAUCCUGGUGAUGUGUUUUACUUGCACUCUCGAUUACUGGAAAGAGCUGCUAAGAUGAAUGAUUCCUAUGGAGGCGGUUCACUAACAGCCCUUCCAGUCAUUGAGACUCAGGCUGGUGAUGUAUCUGCAUACAUUCCAACGAACGUUAUCUCUAUAACUGAUGGGCAGAUUUUCUUGGAGACUGAGUUAUUCCAUAAAAGUAUAAGACCUGCUAUCAAUGUUGGUCUUUCUGUUAGUCGUGUUGGGUCUGCUGCACAAACUAAAGCUAUGAAACAAGUUGCUGGUCGCAUGAAACUAGAGUUAGCUCAAUAUCGAGAAGUAGCUGCUUUUGCUCAAUUUGGUUCUGACUUGGAUGCAUCUACUCAAUCGUUGCUAAACCGGGGUGUUCGUUUAACGGAACUCUUGAAACAAAAUCAAUAUGCUCCAAUGGCAAUUGAACAACAGGUUGUUGUAAUAUACGCUGGUGUUAGGGGACAUUUGGAUAAGUUGGACCCAUCAAAGAUUAUCCACUUUGAGAAAGAUUUUCUUAAGUUUGUCCUAGCAAAUCAUCAAGAUCUCCUAAAGACCAUUCGUGAAGAUGGAGAAUUAAAGCCAGCAACUGAUGAAAAACUGAAAAAGAUUGUAGUUGAUUUCUUGGCUGGGUAUCAAGUGUCUCCAUAG